AUGUGCAAUUUCUAUGCUGUAAAGCCUAGCACAGAAGUAGCAGCAUUUUUCCUUGUGAAUGAACUGGAUGAGAAACGUUUGGUCGCAAUUGGUUCAUCGCGACCAGGAGUUGUAGAGGGACAAGUGGUGGGAAGCGCUCGUGGAACUGCGAUCAUUCACUUCGAUCCCAUCGUUAUUGCUAGGCGAUCUUUGUUGAGAUAUCUUAUCAAUGAAGUAGGAAAAGUUGGAGAUCCGAAAUGCAUCUUUGUUCGCGGUGAGGAUGGUAUGCUGCGUUUGAAUGAGGGUUUAAGACUGGUGCUCUACGCAACUUAUGCACCGAAUUGCUCAUACAGCUGUAAGGAAGCAUCGUUGAAGAAGUUGAGUGUGCUAGGGUAAGU